AUGGCCGUCCAGCAGCAUGUCCUCAACUGGCUCUACAGCGUCCUGACCAGUGAGUAUCACGACGUCAACCGCACAUACAACGAUGUCGCGACCUGCCUCGCCCAGUACCCCUCGCUCGCGCCGCGCACCGAUGCCCACACCUUUGACAAUGGCGUCUCGGCCCUCCUCCUUCACCUCUCGGGCACCAUCCCCGUCGUCUUCCGCGGCACAACCUACCGCUUCCCCGUCGCCAUCUGGGUGCCCCAUGCCUACCCGCGCGAGCCCCCCCUCGUCUACGUCACCCCCAACGAGGCCAUGAUGGUUCGCCCCGGCCAGCAUGUCGAUCCCCAGGGCCGCGUAUAUCACCCCUACCUGACCGCUUGGCCGGGCUUCUGGGACAAGUCCUCCGUCGCCGACCUCCUCGCUAUCCUUCGCGACGUCUUUGCAAAGGAGCCACCCGUGGUCGCCAGGCCACAAGGUCCGUCACAGACUCAGCCUGGAAUCCAAGCUCAGGCACCGGCUGCGCCGACACCACCCCCAAUACCGCCUCAUCCUUCGGCGACAGCAUCCCCUAGUCACCAGGGCCACUCCCAUUCUCAGGUGCACGACUAUGGCAACAAACCACCACCCCCGCCUCCGAAGGGUGACCAGGGCAACAACAUACGGCCGAAUGGUCCCCCUCUUCCACCUCUGCCACCGGGUCAUCGCCAGAGCCAGCCGGCCCCGUACUCGGCAUCUUCCAUACAGUCCCCCCAGAUGAGCACAUCGAGAUAUGACAGCGCGCCGCCUCUGCCACAUCAGCAAGCAAGUCAAGUAGCACCUCAGUAUCAGCACCAAUACCAACAUCAAUCGCAGCAAUACCAGCAGCGGCAGCACAACCACACUCCGCAGCAACUCGGACAGCCUCCGCCGAAUGUUCAGGCCGGACCUAUACAACAGCAGUAUGGUCCGCCUCCGCAUCAGCAGAGUCCUCCACCUGCAUUCCAGGGCCAUGGCCAGUUCAACUCUCAAGACCCACGAUAUUCGGCCGGCCCCCCGCCGCCUGUUGGACACCAGCAUCGAGAUUCGCCGGCACAGAGUCCUCCAGGCUCGACAAUAGCAGGAGCUUACCCAGGUCCUCCCCCGGGUUGGCAGCGGCCCGGCUUCCCCCAGCACCAACAGCCUCCUCCAAUGCCGGCGCAGAUUCAGCAACGACCACCGCCGCCGCCAGAUAUCAUGGACGAACCCCUGACUCUAGCUCUGCCCUCGUCUUCCAACGCGCCGGCAGCACCACCGAUCCCGCCAAACCCCGAAAAGGAUGCCCUCCUGCGCCAGCUCGCCGUGACGUUAUAUGACCUGCGGCAGCACGCGCGGCAGCAGAACGAGACGUCCCUCGCAGGGCUCGCGGCGCAGAAGAACGCCAUGCUCGCGGCCCUGCAGAACCUGCAGUCGGACGCGGCGUCCCUGGCCCCGGUCUCGGCCAUGCUCGCCUCGAACACGCAGAUCCUGCAGGCGUCCCUGCGCGAGGCCGACGCGGUCAUCAGCAACAGCAAGAACCAACCAAAACCCAACAUUGACGAGCUGCUCGUCGCGCCGACAGUCGUGGGGAACCAGCUGUACGACCUGGUCGCCGAGGAGCGCGCGCUGGGUGACGCAAUCUUCGUGCUCGGCCGCGCCGUCGAGAGGGGCAACCUGUCCCCGCAGGUGUUUGCCAAGACGACGCGCAGCCUGGCCAGGGAGUGGUACCUGAAGAAGGCGCUUGUGCGCAAGAUUGGCAAGGGGAUGGGUCUUAUUGUGUGA